AUGACGAGUGGAACAAGUAAUGGUGUACCACCAUUGAAGCCUUCGCGAAGUUUCCUACCACAAGAUAACGGCCCAAUGUUGCACAGAAGUCCAUCAGGAGCAAAAAGGAAGAUUCGACAGAAGCGGACUGCGGCAGAGGAAGCCGCACUAUCCCGCCCAUCCCCAUUCUUCUCGCCAUCCAGCUCCUCUUCUCAAACGUCCAUCUCCCCAACACCAACCGAAACAUCAUCCAACUACCGGUCUCUGAUUGAUUCCGGAGACUAUCAAUCCAUUCUUCCCGAUUUUGAUCCCUCGUUCGUACCUGUUCCAACACCAAGACUCUCCGUCCCAUUCUCCAAUUCGAUGAGCUCAUUAGAACUUUCUUCCAACACAACCGUAUCCUCACCGGUUUCGGUUGUUGCUCCACAGGCUCCGCCCCCGAUGCCACCUCCGGUCACAGCCAAGCCAACUGUUGAGGUUCAUCCAAUGCCAAUCGACGAGCGUAGUCCUUCCAUGGCCUCAUCUUUGAACGGAUCCAUUGAUAUUGAUAUCUACAAACCAAAGCCUCCGGUGCCAAUCAAACCAAAGGGCUUGAGAAUUGAUCAUUUAAAUCGAUCAACCUCAAUGACGUCCCUCUCCUCGCCAUCUCCAAUUCAGCAUACCACUUCAUCCUUCCUGAAUAACUUCAUGCCAACUCCAUCUCUAAUAAAUCUUCAACAAUCGUACCGUAAUCCGGAUCUGGGCUCGCAGGACCUGGCACGUCUCGAAUCGACACGGCAUGAAAGUAUUCAAAAAGUCAGCAGGAAGCUAAUCACUUAUGAGGAUGAGAAAAAUAUGAUUGAAAACGAAUUAGAAGAGAUCGAACGAACUGGUGCCCGUCUUUUAUCAAUAGUCGAGCAACAGGAUAAAAAUCUCGCUAUCCGAGUACGCCGGUAUUUAGAAAAAAGCAAGGAACUAGUGGGAAUCGAAACGAACCUCCGUCUGCAAUGGAGCAAACUGAAUGAGCGCAUUAAAGAUGGUGCCAUUGAUAUUCAAUCCGCCCGUGCUGAAGAGGGAUACAUUGCAAAGAGAUUGAAGGACACUGAUUUUUUGAGAAAAAUUAGCACACGAAGAGAAGCUGAUUACGAUAAAGAACUGUCGGAAAUCUUCAACCAGGAUGAACUUCAUCAAUGGUUCCUAUUUAAGAAAGCCACCAUCAAAUGGCUCCAAAACGAAUCGUCAGUCAGUUACUUCAUUCGAGAAUCCAACGCCAAACUCGAUGCAUUGCAUCUUGUGCCGCGUGGCACAAGUGCGCAAAUCUAA